AUGGGAAAUGUUGCCGAAAAGAAUGCAAAUUCAGUUCGACUGAAAGUAUUUCUUGAUGGAACGAAGAAAAAAGUGAUGUUUGCAGAAGCAGAUGAAGACUUUGUGGAAAUCCUCUUCAGUUUUCUCACUUUGCCUCUUGGAACAAUUGCAAGCCUCUACUCCAAGGAUAUAAAAGUUGGAAGCUUGACUUCUCUAUAUGAAAGUGUCGAGAAUUUAAAUAAAAAACUUUUCUUUAAGUACUGGUAUAAGGAUUGCCUAGUUAAUCCAAUAAAUUCAUCAGCUAAUGUUUGCGAGAAGCUUAAAGUAAAUCUAAAUGGAACAAAGUCAAUCCCUUGUCAGACUGAUGCAAUCUUUUUCAAAAAGAAGGGUAGAUUCGUCAUUACAGACGAUCUCAAUAUCCUACCUCUCGUGAUGGACACAAGCAUUGCACUCCUUAAUUCUCUUGGUGUUGAAUCCAUUGAUUUAUUACAUGAAAGAACUAUAUAUUUUGGCUUAAAAGAGUUCUCGCAUCUACUCAAGUGGUCAUUACUGACAAAUAAUCCUUUGACAAACCUGGUGUUUGGGGGAAGGAAGUCAUGUUCAUCAUUGUCCACAUACUCUACACCAUGUAAUUCACCUUUCAUGUCGGGUAACUUUACCCAGACAACAGUAAAAUUACUUUUACAAAAAUCGAAGAAGAAGGUAUUAUGUGCACAAGUGGAGAAUCGUUUUGUGGAACUUCUUUUUAGCUUCCUAACAAUCCCGUUGGGUGCGUAUGAACUUUUAACAAAGGAUAUUGCUUCAUCUCCAAUAUUGGGUAUAAGUAAUCUUUACAAUAGUAUAUCAAGUUUGGGAGAAAGAAAAUUCUUGAAAUCUGAGGAUGUGAAGAGCAUGUUACUUUGUCCCAAACUAGCAACUAAUUACCAUUGUGUCACUGACUUGCUUCCGAUUUAUGAAGAUAAUAUACGCCCAGGUCGAUUCCUUAAAGAACAAGCAACAUUCAUAGUUUCUGAUGAUUUGAAAGUAACAGCUUCUCAAUCAAUAGCUACAAUUUCAAACGUCAAUGCACCUGGUGUCCCUAUUGCUGAUAUGGAGUUUCUUGACCUAUGCGUUGGUGAACAAGAGGCACUUUUACUUCUCAAGGUAUCUCUAAUGUCGACAUCUGCUGUAACUGAUUGGCUAAGGGUAUUACAAUAUAGGAAGAAACCAAAGGGUCAUGUGCCAAAAUUUGCUUUAGCUGAAGAUGCUGGAAGAGAUUCAGAAGAAGUUGAUUUUACGUCAAAAGUGAAAAAUUAUAAUGAUACAUCAUACAUGAUGUUAGAUUAG